UGAAUAUUGAGCAUAGAAAAGAAGCACCGGAAAGUGUCUUCGUAUCGCGGUAUCAAGAUUCUCUACUGGUAAAGUAAAACGGACUCAAGAACGCUUUAUUGUGAACAAAGAUCCGUUAUUCUCACCACUCUCUCUCUCAGCGCCGCCAUGGACGAUCCACCGUUGCAGAAGAUCUCGAUUUCCGGCCCCACACUUGCCUCCCUCAUCCAGCGCUUCUCCACUUCCCCCUCCGCCAUCCAAGGCCUCCUCUUCGGCCACGUCACCCACCUUCCCACCACACCCUCCGACGACUCUUCCCCCGCCGUCCCCACCCUCCUCGCCACCGUCACCGGCUUCCUCUGCUCCCCCUCCUUCUAUGAAUCCUCCGGCGCUGUCAUCCCCUCCGCCCUCCACCCUCACUCCUCCGUCCUAGGGUGGUUCUCCGCUCGCCGCCGAUCCGCCCUCCGCCCCUCCUUGCGCGAGUUCUCCGUCACCUCCUCCCUCUCGUCUCUCUCUCAAUUCUCUACCUCAAUCGAUAACUCAAACCCAAACCUAAAGUCAAAUUCCCCCGAACAACCUUCUCUCUUCCCUCCCUGCGUCUUCCUCCUCCUAGCUUCCCCUCCCUUCGACAACGCGCCCUCCUCGCACGUGCACACGCACGAGUACCGCGCCUUCCAGUUCCGCACCGGGGACCAGUGGUUCGAGCCCCGCUCCCUCGACGUCGUCAACAUCGGCCCUACCUUCCGCGGCCACUACGGUGCUUUCAGCCCCACCUCGAGUCUCCCCGCACUCGACUGCGGGCUCCGUGGCUCCCCGAUGGAUGAAGGUGGCGACGAGAGGCUCGCCCGGAUGAAGCAGGCCGCCAAUGACCAAAGGGAGCUCGACGGGUGUGUCGAGGGGUUUGAGGUUGGGAAGUUGGGCAGAAUGGUCGGGUCUGAUGCUAGGAGCUACACCGAGGGUUUGGAGGAGUUGUAUAAGAAAAUGCUUGUUAAGAUUCAGAAUUUGACUAGCUUGGUGGACGAGAGUUCUGCUAUGGUUCUUGAGCAGGAAAAUCAUAAUAGGAAGUUAAAACACAAAAUUUUUAGAUCUGCUGCCUCAGAAUAACUUCUUGUGUCAAAUCUGGUGAUCCCUUCUUGUUUUGUUCAGAGAAGACUGGCUAUGGACAUUUCAGCGUUCUGUGCUUGAUCUGGAUCAACAAUUUCUUCUAGUCACUUCAAAAAUUAGUUUGCUGGUGGACCUUUUGGUGGUCAUGUGGUAUAUGCAGUCCAGCUGUUGUAGAUGAUGUAAUUUGCUUUUUGAUGACUCUUCAAGCUGAAGAAGGUAGUAAUUGUGCAGAGCAGUUUUGAAUGAUGUGAUCUUUCUUCAUAUAAGAACAAUUAGAUAUUUUUCAUGUAGGGAUAUAUGCCAGCCCUAUUCUGUAUCUUUUUUUCAGCUUUAGUUGUUGCAAUGUGUGUUCACAAGGUCACUUUACAAGAGAGAAAUGAAAUCAACAUGCGUUGCGAUAUUGUUAAUA